GCAAGCACAGCACAGUCUGGAGGUGGAACAGAAUAGUGACAGAGGGGACGUACUGUAGCUGAAACUCACACAUUACCGAGCAGUAGAGACUAAGGAGGAGAGAAGAUUCUUGAUCAGUAAAACCGAGCAAGGAUUUGGUCAUGAAACUUAUUGCAAUAGCUUUGCUUGUGCUGGUUAUAGCAGCAUGUACAGUGCAAGUGGAAGGUUCAAAAUGCAAAUGCUCCAGAAAGGGUCCAAAAAUAAGAUAUACAGAUGUGCAGAAAGUUGAAAUCAAACCCAAAUAUCCAUAUUGCGAGGAAAAGAUGAUAAUUGUGACGAUGCAGAAUGUAUCAAGAUUUAGAGGACAGCAGUACUGUUUGCACCCCAAACUUCACAGCACUAAGAAAUUCCUUAAAUGGUACACAAUAUGGAAGGAAAAAAGCAGGGUUUAUGAAGACUGAGUGCUGCAGUAAGAAAACGUCAAGUCUCAAUGAAAACUACGAUAAUGACUUCUUUCCUUUUCUUCAGAUAGCAUACUUUACAUAUACCAUAUGUUAUUAUAAUGCAUUAAUAUGAGGAAUACUUUAAAAGGUCAGUUUUAUAUUCUAGAGCAAAAUGGCUUUUAGAAUUCGUAACUGUUAGAAACACUAAUUGUAUAAUUGCCUCGAUAAUUCUAGAAAUGGAAAGACUUUAUUAGAUAUUAUAUUAUAUGUUUUAAUCACAGAUUAAUAGAAGAUUGUAUGAACUUUAUAAGUUCAUUAAACAGGAAAAAGGAAAUUGCUUGAGGAGGAAAUAACCAGUUUUGUGGAUCCAGAGAAUUUUAGCACAAUAUUUGAUUUCCCAAAAGCAUUUAAAAGGACGGUUUUCUCCCUCAAAAAUUCUCUAACAGAUAGUGACAUAUUUAAUCACUACUUUUCCAUGCGAUUUUUUUAAAACAUACAAUAAUAAAAUAAAAAUCUUCCAUACGGCAAUGCUCUUCCAUUACAACCAAUUGGAGAACUUUGUUCUUGUGGAAAUCUCACAUGAGUUGGCUAGCAUUACGUAAACCUGCAUGCACACUGCUGAGCGGAUGUGUUUGACUGAACAAAUCUUCUGCAAGGCAAACAGCUGGGGGGCAAAAAAAAGAAAA